UCGACCCCAACACCAGCGAGCAGACAGUCGAAGUAAAAACGAACGAAAAGCGAGUCGACUGUGGCGUAGUGCGGCGGCGUUGCCUUUCGAUUUUUUUCCAUUUUUUUUUCUAAUAAUAAUUAAUCGGGAUUAACUUUUGUCAAUAUUAUUGACGUCACGGGAAUAAUGAGACAAAAGUCUUAUAGUUCGUGCGUUUCGGGGUAAAUACGCGUGUUCAAUCGGUGAGUGCGAAUUAGUGCGUCUACUUUUGCUGUGAUAUAAUUUGGUUUUAAUUGUGCGUUUGGCACUUUUAAGGGAAUAUAUUUUUUUAAGGAUUAUUUAUUUAACUAUGAAGGGUACUGUAAGACUGACUCAAUUCCUUCCUAACAUAGAUGUAAUGGCACCGCUGCAAUUAAGUUUAGCCUUAAUAUUAUUGGUUUCCUCAGUACAUUCUGCCAAUCUACCCACCCAAUAUGUGGAAGAUGACGGUUCUGCGGCAAACGAAAUUUUGGACGCGGACGUCCGGGUCGACUGUAACAGUGACGAAAUCGUCGUGAAUGUCGGCACGAAAACGGGAAGAUUUAACGGGAUGAUUUAUCCCAGAGGACUGAGCAAAAACACCCAUUGUCUUAGCGAAUGGGUGCAACGGAAAGCCCCGAUUACAUAUACCUUACCAUUGAGGGGGUGUAAUACCAUGAGUACUGAACUGGACGACGGCGGAAUUGAAUACUUCAAUACCAUAGUAGUCCAGCCCCACCUAAAAUUAGUAACGAACCAAGGCAAAGGUUUCCACAUCAGAUGCCGCUACACGACCCGAAACAACACCGCAUUCAAUGAGGCCCUCAAAAUGGAUCCAACCCUUACACCUGACGAUCCAGUAACCGCGAUGGCGGCCAUGCCCGGGUGCAGCAUGAAAAUCUACUCCGGAGAACCGUCCAACCAUUUGGUAGCUGAAAAUGUUAAAAUUGGUGACCCCCUGAGCCUGGUAGUCUCCAUAGAUAAUCAGGAUUUGUAUGGGAUUAGAGUGACGGACUGUGUUGUAAAAGAUGGUCUGGGCUGGGGAGAACAAAAACUAAUCGACUCAGAGGGGUGUCCCACCGAUCAAGAAAUAAUGGGGAUGUUCCAGUAUUCCGAGGACGCCAGUAGAGCGGAAGUCCAUUUUAAGGCCCAUAAGUUCCCUUAUAUCGCUUCGGUUUAUUACCAGUGCAACGUCAAGUUGUGUCUGAAGGCCAACAAUGGUUGUGACCUUACGUCGUACAAAUGUGGUAAAGGAAAGAGGCCCAGGAGACAAGCGAUCGCGGGGGCGGAGGGCAACGACUCCGAGGGUACUCCGGCGACCAUCGAGGUCUACAGCGGCCUCUACGUUAACGAGGCGAACGACCUCGCCAAAUCCGGCCAAGAUGACGGCUCGGUUUUCAGUGAAAAGUAUCCGGACGAUGCCAUUUGUAUAUCGCAGCGCAGCUUCGCGAUCGGGAUCUGCGUCGCCGGUCUGAUCCUGAUGCUCUGCGCGGUGGCGGCCAUUUUAUGUCUACUGGCGCGCAGAAGGAAGAAAUCCGUCUCGAAUCCCGGCAGUUCGAUUUACAGCGGCCCAUACACCAACACCGCAUACAGUCACAGCAGCUGAGAAAAAACCCAAAACGUUUACUUUUUCCGGCUUUCAUAUUUAAUAAUACGUUCACUUUAUUUAUCUCUUGCCAUUUUGCGAUGCCGCCGGCACACUAAUCCCGAAAUUUGGCAUUAUUUAUUAAAAAUACCAGGAUUGGUGAGGCCUUAAAACUAUGGCAAGUAUAAUGUUCUCUUAAACGUGCCAUUUUAAGGCUUUUUUUGUAGUCGUUCUUGCUCACACAUUUUUUGUUUUCAAAUCUAGUUUCUGUUCUCCAUUCAAUAAAUAUAUUCGAAUAACAAGUACAGGGUUAAAAGGUGGUGGUUAAUUAUUAAUAUGAGGUAAGCAUACACUGAAAAGUUAAUUAUAAUAAACUACCCUAGUAGCACACGCGAAUCGUUUAGGGAACACACCACCAAAUGUUCCUGGGAACAUUUUGAGAAUAACUCAGGAGUGUUUUCAUAAUUUUUUUACACUGACAUAGAAAAGUUCCUGAGGAUAGAUUUUGUUGGCAGAAACGUUCUCUUAGGCUAAGGAUUUUGGUAGUCAAGGUAAUUUUGCUUAGAGCAUUUUUUUGCAAACAUCAUUCACCAAUAUGUGAUAUCAUGAUGAUACUUGAUUUUUAAUCCCAAGAGAGUUCCUCUCCAGAGAGGAACUCUCCACUUGGUUCGGAGAUUACCAUUUCAGCUGUAGACAGAAGAUCUGGAAAGAAAGAACCUCUACUCUCUUUCUAAUUCAAUAAUGAGUUAGAGACGAUUUUGUCAACCACCAAAUUGCAGCAUUAAGAUUUUUAAUAAUUACCGAACAUUUUGGGCCUUAGCUUAGCUAACUCACUAAAAUAUUUUUAUAUAUUUUUUAUAGUUAUAUAGAGCAGUUCCUGAGGAUGGAUUUAAGGUUAAAAACGUGAUUUUGGGUUAAAGAUCUCAUUUAAACUGGUUGGGUCCUCAAUUGCCUGGAAUAGAAAAAAAGUUUUCUUCCAGGCAGUGUAGGAAAAAUGCAAUUUUCGAUCAGGCAGUUAAGCUAAUUUAGUCCUCAACUGCCUGGAAUAACCAAAAAUAAUGUUUUCUCCCAGGCAGUUGAAGGAAAGUCAAAAAAAACAACUCUCUGCAACUGCCCGGAAUAGAUCAAUAAUUAAUUUUUUCCAGACCGUUGAAAAAAAUCCAAGAAAAUUAUUUUUUUUCUUAGGCAGUUAAGUUGCUUUGGUCCUCAACUGGUUGGAAUAGGUAGAAUAUUGAUUUUUUUCAAGCACUUGAAGAAGCAUUUUAAUGAUGUUCUCUAUCGAUUUUGUCAGAUAUACAGAGAUAAGCGCCGAAAGAUUUGCAGUCGACACUACCUUAAGCUAAAAAACCACACCAGACAAUUCCGUAGCAUCAAUCGAAACUCUACUUCAAAUCAGGUUAAAGGAAUCAAACCUAAGAAAAUAGUUCGCAAACUGGCAACGUUAUGAUACUUAUAGUUUGUGUCUCCCGUUGUAUGUCAACAAUUUCACAGUCAAUUCUAAACUUAUGUUUAAGUUAGGUUUUAACAAUCUUGGUGUUCCCAUCGCGGAUUGGUUAGCUUCUUUUUGGCAGGAAAAGGCGUGGAAACCCCUGGAAAACGAAUUCCACUAGCCAGAAAAUCUUAAGACUAUUCGUAAAACCAGUAGCAGUCUGGAGAAGUAGCUUCAGUACAACUUUCCCCCGAAACAGGAUACAUAGCGAGGGUGAUGAUGCAUGUUGUAAAGAAAUAGAAAGUCUUCAGGAAAGAUCUCCACGUGGCGAUUUGGAAAGGAGCAGACAAAGAAAAGGAGUUUUAAAACAAAAGAAAUAAUUGGAUUGAUAGCCAUAGUUGCUUAUUCCGAAUCUGCUAUCUCUGGACUUAAUAUCCAGAACCCAGAGGGGCACGAAAACAAGAAGUAAUAAAUUCCCAAAAGCGCUUUUUUUAUUCAACAUUCUGAUAACGAUUGCCUCUAUAGUAGGAGACAUAGACGCAAAUGACCUAAAUAUCCAGUCCAAAGGCUACCGAGUAAGAUGGACAUAAAAAGGAAAUUCCAUUAAACCUUGACUUAGCAUUUCAGAUUGAGAUGUUCCUCAAACUCCAUCAUGUCCUGUUCUGAUCAUGUAACGCAUCCGUCAAUAAGUACGUAAGGUCUUUUUUUUCUAAAAUUCGACUUUCAAGAGUAACACAACCAUUAUAACGCUUUUCCAGCUUUUCUCUACCAGCAGUGUCAAACAAGGGCCCUGAUGAAGCAAUAAAAUUAUUGCGAAACGUUGGCCAGUACAUAAAGUGACGUUUGUUUUUAUUCCUUCGAUCCCAUCCCACAACUAAACUCAAGAUUUCAAUACUUCUAAUGUUAUUGCAGUCCUUGAAAGUGUUUUUUUUUUCCAUCAAGUAACAAUAAUAUAAGCUGAUGAAAAAAAAAACUAACGAAAUCAGACCACCAUGAAAAUUCGAAAAAAUUCCAGAUAAAGGGCGGUAAAUUUUCAUGAAGUGCCUUGAAGACAUUUUCGACUAAAUACAAAUAUUACAUUGUCAAACAUCAAGAAGAAUCCCAACAAUUAAUGUCAUUAUUAUAACAGAUCUCAAGGAAACCAACAAGAUACUGGAUGUUUCAUAAAUUGGUGUCGCAAUAAAACUCUACGUUCCUAUAUCAACCAAGUUAGAGCAGUUUUUGGUGGCAAAUUCUCGUGACCAAAAAAUUGCACUGAGACGUGGCAUUUUGAGGUAAAUUGGUCAAGCGCUAAAGAAACUAUUCGUCUAUUGCCACCGUUUCUAAUUAUGUUUAAUUCAUCUUCAGGGCUCCACAGCUGACAUUCAAAAGAACAUAAUUUUUAAGUUUAAGAUUCAUAUUCAUGCCGUAUUCACAUUUGUAGAUCUGAACAUUGAGCAAGCAACUCAGUUGACAUUCAGUGAAUAUUAAUUGUGCUAUUAGGGUACGUCCUUUAAUGCUCUUUUACUUAUAGACAUUAAAGAGAAACUAGAUACACUGUUGAAUUUAACUUUUUGGUGUUAAUAAUACACACUGUAGACGGGCCUCAGGGAACAAUUGAACGAAUCCAAGCCAUAACAGGUGGCCAAUAGAAAGUUUCCCCGCAAGGCUCCGGUCCGGUCCUGAAUCACAAUCGCAUUUUAUCGAAAUCCGAGCACUAAUUUUGUAAAUAGUCACGAAAAUGCGGAUCUGGUUCUCGACCAUUAUUAGAUGGUGGUAUAUUUUAAGGUGAAAAACAUUCAAAAAAAUAAAUUCAUAAAAAAUAUAUAUGAAUCAUUUAACGGUGCUUUUAUCAAUUAAAAUUUGUAAUACUGUAACAACGAAUAAAUAAAUGUAUUUAAAAAUUGA